AUGAGGAAGUUUGUCUCCGGCCUGGGGAAGCAUGUGAAGAAAGAGUGUAAGGCAUCAUUACUGAUUUCUGAUAUGGAUAUUUCUAGGUUGAUGAAGUUUGCCCAGCAGGUUGAGGAUGAUAAGAUAAAAGAUAGAGAAGAGCACUUGAGUAAGAAGGCCAAAUCAACUGGGCAUGAAAAUGAGCAGAGACAAGGUAAGGGCAACACGUCCUUCUUCCAGAAGAGGUCUUCUAAUUAUGCUCGGUCGACAGCAAGUGCACCUUCCCCCAGCCAUAGAGGUGGUGGUGGUGGUAGGCCUCAAGUCCAAUUUUCUCAAGGCCAAUAUGCUCACGGAGGUGGUCAAUGCACCAACUGCUUUUAUGCCUUGCCUGGAAGGCAAAAGGUUGAGGAAGAACCAAAUAUGGUUACUAGUAUGUUAGAGUUCUUUAAUUUUGAUGUAUAUGCAUUGUUGGAUCCGGAUGCAAACUUGUCAUUUAUAACUCCAUUCCUAGCUAAUAGGUCUGAGAUAUUGCAAAAAUGUUAG